GGGGAUUCAGAGCCGAGAGGUCUUUUCUCACCACGCCAUCUUCUGAAAUCGAGAACAAGAAGUCAAGAACACCCCAGUCGAGUCCACAGAGAGCUUAGAUCGAGGGAUUUAGGCGAGCCUCCAGACAGAGUCCAGUCAUCGAGGGUUGGUCUCGGUCGUUUGGAACUUUGGAUCUGGUUUCGAGAACUGAAGUGGAACAGAGUCAGUGAGCAGGGAGGAUCAGUCUACUGUCAUUGGAUGGAAUGUGCUCUUACUGCUAUAAAUGUUGACCUUGCUCCCAAUGUCAAUGUCCCUGAACAACCUGUCCAACCUCAACCUGAACAACCUGGUAAUGUUGAGGAGCUUGAAGCUCAACCCCCUCACACUAGUGAAAGGCUUGCUGAUAGGUUGUUUGAUUGUCUUUUGGAUUGGAACAUUGAUGGUCCAGAACUCACCUUAAUGAGAUCACCAUUUGCCCAUGAAGACUGA